AUGGAGACAGCAUCGAUUCUCUCCGCCACGAAGGGCGAAAAACUGAAGGAUGAAACGCAAUGGCGUACCUGGUUCACGAGAGUGAGGUCGUACGCGAGGCAGAAAGGUGUAUGGGAGCUGUGUGACCCUGAAGCUGUGAUGGCUGAGAUCGCUGCUGUAUCUACCGCGAUAGAGAAGCCACUAAUUCGGCCCGACCUCCUUACCGAACCGACAGUCCCCGAGUAUCCCGAGGAGGGGGAUGCAGAGGAAAAGAAAACCUGGAGAGAUCGGAUGGACCUUUUUAAAAUCAAGUAUGCCCGAUGGCAAAGCGAGGCGAAAGGACUGGCCGAUGUUAACGAGUAUAUCUUGAUAUACCUAGACCCGGUACACCAUCUAGCUAUUAUACCGCUGGAGACGCCUUAUGAGAGACUGGUCUAUUUGAAAUCCCGUUUCGCCCAGACGGUCACGUACCGAGAAGAGAUCCGAAUGAAAUGGAGAUAUUUCUCUACCUAA